AUGCUUAUCAAGAAACUAAAAGAAUCGAAGCUAGAUGAGACAUCUGAAUUAACAAACUAGACAAUGAAUUUCAAAUCCAUUGUCUCUAAAGUUGAGAGUAUGAUGAAAAAAAUUUGGGAAGAUUUAACAAAAUCGAUUAACGAAAUUUAUGAUAUAAUUGAGCAUGAAAAUAAAUCAUACAUUAAUCUUAUUAAUGAUAAUAUCAAUCUAGCAGAAUCCUCUUAUACAGACUUAGAAAAAUUAGUAUAAAUUAUUGAAGGAAACUCAUUAAAUUAAUGUAACACUUAGAAAAUUUCUAUUUGGUAAACUUAGAAAGGGCAAAGAAUUGGUUGA